AGGGGGAGUCCCGGCGGCGGGAUGAGGCCGGGCUGAGCGAUGUGCGAGCAGGCAGCGCGCUACUGCCGGGCCGGGGUGCAGAAGCUGCUGCGGAAGCCGGCGCCGGCGCUGCGCGGGCUGGACGGGCUGCUGCGCUGGGCGGCGGGCAGGAUGGGCGACAAGGGCCUCGCCGACAGGGAACUGCUCGCCCCGGGCGCCGCCGCCCAGAGGAAGGGCACCUCCGUCAUCCUCGAUAUUUUCAGAAGAGCUGACAAAAAUGAUGAUGGGAAGCUGUCCCUGGAGGAGUUCCAGGCCUUCUUUUCUGAUGGGACACUCAAUGAAGAAGAACUUGAGAAGCUCUUUCAUACCAUUGACUCAGACAACACCAACAAUGUGGACACCAAGGAGCUGUGUGACUAUUUUGUUGACCAUAUGGGAGACUAUGAAGAUGUUUUGGCCUCCCUGGAGAUGCUGAACCUCUCCAUCCUGAAGGCCAUGGACUACACCAAACGGGUGUACGAGAGUGGCAGCAACGUGGACCAGUUCGUGACCCGCUUCCUGCUGAAGGAGACGGCGAACCAGACCCAGUCCCUGCUGAGCUCUGUGGAGAGUGCUGUGGAUGCCAUCGAUGAGCAAACCAACCCCAACAGGCACUACCCCAGCAAGGAUGGUCACGGCCUGAGUGACACCUGGUAUGACAACCCCGUGCCCAGCUACUCUCCCACCACCUGGAUGGUCCCCAGGGAGCAAGGAAAGAGCUUCCAAACUGGUUCCCCCGACACCAAGGCAGAGGGGCUGGAGGGGCAGAUCAACAGGCUGGCCAAGCUGAUCGGCAAGCUGGAGGACAAGACCCUCUGGUUUGACCUGCACCAGCGGCUGUCGGACAGCGAGAGCACGGCUUGCACGUACCUGCUCCUGGUGCGGAAUGAGAUGACGGUGUCACACAAGCACCUGGGCGAGUUCUGCAGCUCCCUGAAGCAGUACCUGAAGAGUGUGGCCGGCGAGCGGGACUGCUUCCAUGUCACCGCAGUGAAACUGCCUGAUGGGGUCACCUUCAUCGUCUAUGAGUUCUGGGAGACUGAGGAGGACUGGAAGAGGCACCUGCAGAGUGCCACCUGCAAGGGCUUCCAGCACGUCAAGGUGGACACGCUCAGCCAGCCUGAGGCCAUCUCCAGUGUGGCCGUUCCAGCUGCCUGGUGCACCCUGAGCCGAGAGUGACCGUCAGUGCUGGGGACCCGCCAGCACCUGUCCCCUGUGCGGGGUGGCCGUGACUGGGGGAGGCGUCAGUGUGACCUGGCUGCAGUGAAGGAAACUCCCGUGUGUGUGUCCCCCACCCCAGAGAGUCCUCCCUCAGCUACCCCAUCACCUGGGUCAUCUC